AUGGCGCGGCCAAAACGCCGAGGAAGCCGGCACCGGUAUGCACCGACGUCUCGACCUUCAACGCGUCUACCUGACGCUCAGCCUGGGUUAAGUGAGAGCGAAGCUCAUGAUUCGCCUCUACCUACUCUCGACCCUGUUGUUCCAUACCAAAUUCAGAUUCCGGAUGAAGGGGCCGCAUUGAGCGCUGCGUUGCCUUCGUUAGCGGCUACACCAAGCUCGGAGGCAGCAGCACCAAGCUUAGCAUCAACUCCGAACGUCCUCGUCACGGUGUUGGGCACUGCCACGGACAGUGAGAGCAACUCGGCUUCAUUGCUAUCUACUGUACCACGUACAGCAACCUCAGCCUCAUCUACGGCAACGACAAGGCCGCGCUCGGCCGAGAGAGAAGGCAGAACGAAGAUAUAUUGUAUGUGA